UUCCUCAAAAGCCCAGGCUCAAAUGCUCGUUCCUAGUCUCAAACACCCAUUGACGGCCGCAAUCGGAGAACAAAUCCAUUGUAAACCCUCUCAACCAAAUUCGUUGUCGAAUGGUUUCUCAUUCUCAUUUCAUCCAUUGAGUUGUUUCUGAUAAUUUCUUUCUAACUCGUUCAAGCUGAACUAGGUUUUGAGGGCAUGUCAAUAAUCCUCUGAGGCUCCUUCAAGUCCAGGUAACUUGUCAAGAUUCUCUUCAUAGGUGGGAGUGUUACUGGGUAAUGUAUCGCUCAUGGGCUCGAGCGCUUUCAGCCCCAGCAAGGUGUUGUGGUUGCAGGGCCACUCCUCUAAGCAAUCAUGUUCCCAAAUUUUACACAAGGAGAACCCCCUUUGCUGAUGCAAAGGUCGCAUUUGGGUCGUUAUUUGAUGUGUUGGGCAUAAAUGGAAUUGGAACUGCACCUCUGAGACCCAACUACUAUGGUUUAAUCACAUACUUGAAUUUUCCUUAUACGAUUAACUGUGGAUUUUGCACACUAUCUAGAUCAGCAGAAGAGAUAUUGUUGAAUCCAACUCAAUCUAAUGAUGUAAUUGGCAACUUAGAAGAUUCAAAUGUUGGUUUUGAUGAUGUUGCCCCUACUGAUGGGCCACAAAUCAAAGAUGGGAACAAAAAUUUGGUGGAGUUCACUAAAGUUGAUGUCAACCUGCUGCCUACUGUAAUUCUUGUAGGGCGCCCAAAUGUAGGCAAGUCAGCGCUGUUUAACCGUUUGAUUAGGAGAAGGGAGGCUCUUGUGUACAACACUCCUGAUGAUCACGUAACUCGAGACUUCCGGGAAGGGAUUGCCAAAUUGGGUGAUUUGCGAUUUAGGGUAUUGGAUUCGGCUGGCUUAGAAAUGGCGUCAACUUCAGGUUCUAUUCUUGGCAGAACUGCAGACAUGACUGCAAAUGUGCUAGCAAGGUCUCAAUUUGCAAUCUUCCUGAUAGACGUGAGAGCUGGACUUCAUCCCAUGGAUUUGGAGGUUGGAAAGUGGUUGCGUAGACAUGCACCUGGAAUCUGUACUAUCUUAGUGAUGAAUAAAUCUGAAUCACUUGAUGAUGGUGCCGGCUUGCUUGCUUCAGCUGCUGGUGAAGCUUAUGAAUUGGGGUUUGGGGAUCCUAUUGCUAUAUCUGCAGAGACUGGCCUUGGUAUGGCAGAACUUUAUGAAUCUCUUAGGCCUUUGCUUGAGGACUAUAUGCUCCAGGUCUUAGAUGAUAAAGGUAGUCAGGAAAAUAGCUCCUGUGAUGUUGAGGAGUCUAAGUUGCCGUUACAGUUAGCGAUUGUAGGGCGGCCCAAUGUUGGGAAGUCAACCUUACUGAACACAUUAUUGCAAGAAAAUCGUGUUCUGGUGGGGCCAGAAGCUGGUUUGACAAGAGAUUCAGUAAGAGCUCAGUUUCAAUUUCAAGGGCGAACUGUUUAUCUGGUUGACACUGCAGGUUGGUUGCAAAGGACAAAGCAGGAGAAAGGACCGGCAUCCUUGAGCGUUAUGCAAUCGAGAAAAAGUAUUAUGAGGGCUCAUGUAGUUGCUUUGGUCCUUGAUGCAGAAGAGAUUGCAAAUGCUAGAAGUAGUAUGAAGCAUGCUGAAGUAGUCAUAGCUAGACGAGCAGUGGAAGAAGGGCGUGGUUUAGUUGUAAUUGUGAACAAAAUGGACCUUCUAAGAGGGAGAAAGAAUUCUAAGUUAUAUGAGAAGGUCAUGGAAGCGGUUCCUGAAGAAAUUCAGAUGGUUAUACCCCAGGUUACAGGAAUACCAGUUGUAUUCAUUUCAGCAUUAGAGGGAAGGGGAAGAAUAUCUGUGAUGUGCCAGGUCAUUGAUACAUAUGAAAAAUGGUGUUUAAGAUUGUCAACUGCUCGUCUUAACCGUUGGUUGCGCAAGGUUAUGAGCAGGCAUUCUUGGAAAGAUCAGGCUGCACAACCCAAGAUCAAGUACUUCACCCAGGUGAAGGCUCGGCCCCCAACUUUUGUUGCCUUUAUGGGUGGGAAGACACAGCUCUCAAGUACAGACCUCAGGUUCUUGACAAAGUCUUUGAAGGAAGACUUUGAUUUGGGGGGUAUUCCCAUCCGAAUCAUGCAGCGGUCCAUUCCAAAGAAACUAGGGGGUACUGGCAAUACCAAAAGCACGUCAUCUGCUGGAAGAACCGCUGAAAGGGUCUCCUCUGACAAGAGAAGUGUCUUCACUUCUGAAAACGCCAAUGUAAUUACAUAGAAGGCAUUUUUGCGAAUAUGUUUUCGGCCAGUCCAUUAAGAUGCUGAGUUUGAACUCAUUACUCAUAAUCCUAUGGUCACAGUUAGGGACUGUUCUUAAGGUCUUUGUACUGUCCAAUACCCCGGUGUCCUAUGUAAGAACCAUGGGAAUGAAUGUAAUGAUAGCCAUGCCCUGUUAUUUAUAUAUGCCAUCUUCAUUGGAUGCUU